AAAUGCAGGAACCGGACGGAAUAGAAAAAGCAGAAAAGGGCGAAAGACUGAACGAACCGUACAGAAUGAAAACGCACACGCUCAGUGACGUCUUGUCUCCCCCAAAACGCUUUUCGCUGUCUAACAAAAAGCUUUGAAUUUGCAAAAGAAAUGGUGAAUCCUCCGGUCUCUUCCCCACCUAGCCUAGAUUCUGCCACUCUAUCACUCUCUUCCUCCAAUGGCUAUUGCAUGGAGGCCAUUGUUGCCUCUCCUCAUCGUCUCUGCUCUCAUCGUCCACGAAGACUGGCUUUCAACUCCCUCUUGCAAAACCCUCCCAGGCGAACCUAUUACUGAUACCCAACACCACCUGGACGAGAACGACGACCUCAAGGUCAUGAUCGUCGCCGAUCUACUUCUCUCUGGCUCGGAAGCUCGUUUCAUCGACCUCCUUUUCCGAGACUACUACAUGUCCAAAUUCUUUAGGAAGUCGUUUCAGAGUUUGAAGCCCGACAUGCUGCUAGUGCUCGGAGAUGUUUCGGCGAGAGGUUGGGAAUUGUCGACGACGAAAUGGUUGUCCGUGGUGGACCAAUUUCAUCGAAUGCUGGGUCCGUUUUUGGGUCUCCCUCUUCAUGUGGUUCUGGGUGAUAGGGAUAUCGGAGAGUGCGGCAAACUGAAUGCUAGAUCGGUGGAUUGGAUUUCUGGGAGAUUUCCAGGUUUGGAUUCUGGAGGUUGUGGUGCUUUCGAAAUCGGUAAUGUCAGCUUUGUUUCGCUUAAUUCUGUGGCUUUGCUUUGUGGAAGCAACGAUUUGAGGUUCAGUAUUGAAAGGGUUAUAGAGAGUGAAAGUUUGGAUCUAGCAACGGAGUUCGAAAGCAUAAAAGAAGGAAUGGACGAGUCCAGCAAAAUCAAGGAGACAAUUCGUGAAUUUGGGUGGAGAGACGAUGCCAUUCCAUCUGGGUCUGGUCCUGUCCUUUUACUUCACUUCCCACUGCGCCAAAUGGCAACACCCAACUGCGAUAGGAGUUCAAAGACCCUAGAUGGCAGGUGGUUUGUCGGGACUGGGCCGUACAAAUUGCUGCAGAGUCUCCCUCCAAAUGCUACUGAAUACAUCUUUCAAGCGCUUAAACCGAGGAUCAUUUUCAGUGCACAUACCCAUGAAUUUUCUUCUUACUUUCAUCCAGAUGGAACUCGGGAGGUGACUGUUCCAGCCCUGACAUGGAAUGCAAGGGAUGACCCCGGGUUUAUUGUUGCCAAUUUCCGUAGGAACAAUAUUGCAGUAAGUAUCAGCUACUGUUCUCUUGUUAGGGAAUCUCGACUGAUUAUGGGGUAUGUCUAUGUCAUGGUUCUGUUUGUUGUAAUGAUGGUUUUCUCAAGAAGACUACUAUUAAUAUGCUCAAGACAAUGAUAAAUUUAAUGUGCAUUACACAUGUACAGGGCAUAAUGUCUUAAAAGAAUUUUGUAUUAUACCUCAGCUUUUUUUUCCUAAAGAAAAAUUUUUCUUUAUUGUGGGAAA